UAAAUACGACCCCACGGAUCGUUUAAAGACAUACUAGAAACCUCAACGUUCCCAGUAACACAUAUCCAAAAUGAAAUUCCUGGUUGUCGCCGUUGCCCUUUUGGCCGUUGCCCACGCCGAUGUGUCCCACCUGUCGGGCUACAACUACGCUCCCGUGAGCAUCCCGCUCCCGGCUCCUCUGCCCGUGAAGGUGGCUCCAGCCCCUGCCCCCGUGAACACCUACAUUCCCCCCGCACCCGCACCAGCUCCCAUCCAGAUCGAGGUUCCCGCUCCGGCACCCGCUCCCGUGGCCAUCCCCGCCCCCGUGAAGGUCGCCCCUGUGGCUCCAGUCAACACCUACAUUCCCCCCGCACCCGUGCACGUUGAGGUUCCCGCCCCAGCCCCUGUUCCAGUGGCCAUCCCCGCUCCCGUGAAGGUUGCCCCCGCUCCCGUCAACACCUACAUUCCUCCCGCACCCGUGAGCAUCCCGGCCCCAGCUCCAGUUCCAGUUUACUCUGCUCCUGCUCCCGCUCCAGUUUACUCUGCUCCCGCUCCCGUCCUGGCUCCCCAGCCCGUUCUUGAGGAGAUCGAGCCCGUGUCCGCCGAUGGCUACCGUUACAAGACCGUCCGCCGUGUGGUCCGUCGCCGUUACUAGAGAGCUAAUCCUUCACUAAUCCCGACCAGGGAGAAGGUUGUUCAAUAAAAACAAAAUAGAAUUUAACGAAAA